AUGGCGACAACAAUAUUUUCGAGCUCAUCAACAGCAACAGCAACAGCUGGUCUUCCCAAGUUUGAUACAAUCCGAAGAAGUGGUUCUGUUCGUCUAAGACCACCACCAUCUUUUCUUUCUCUCAAACCUCGAAAUCCUGCCGGCUUUGGUGCCUCCUCAAUCAGCAUGCAGCGUCGAAGUUCUAUUUCUAGUAUUACUGCUGUGGCGACGAUGUCAAUGAGUACUAACUUUCCCAGAGUGAAACUUGACGGAAAGGCGGUUGCGGAGGAAAUCGGAGAUGAAAUCACCGAUGAAGUAACGAGGAUGAAGGAUGCAACUGGUGUCACACCAAUGUUAGCUGUUAUUGUAGUUGGGGAGAAGAAUCACUCGCCGGUUCAUCUUGAAAACAAGCUCCAGGCUUGUGAAGCAGCAGGGAUCAAAACUAAUGUAGUUCGUUUAUCAGAUGAUUCCUCGGAAGAAGAAGUUCUUGAUUGUAUUUCGCGAUUCAACGAAGAACCCUCUGUUCAUGGCAUCCACAUUCAGCUGCCUCUACCUCGUCAUAUGGAUACGGCAAAAAUCUUGACUGCUGUUCGAGUUGAGAAAGAUGUUGACGGAUUCAGUUCACUAAAAACACGAGAUGAACAGCCGCCAUUUAAAUUUCCUUCCGUAAUUCCAUGCACAGCCAAAGGAUGCAUGGAAUUGUUGUAUAGAUGUGAUCUUCGUAUAAAGGGGAAAUCAGUAGUUGUUAUCGGCAACGGAACUGAUACUGAUAUUGUUGCACCUGCUGCCGCAUAUUUACUGCAGAGGCACGGUGCCAAGGUCACUGUUGUGCACCGUGGAACAGAGAACCUCAAGGAGAUCAUUAAACAAGCAGAUAUCCUCAUCUCCGCUGCAGAAAGAGCUUAUCUGGUGAGGGCUCGCUGGAUUAAGCCAAGAGCAAUUGUCAUUGACACCGGCAAUAACAUGAUGACAAGUCAUCUAGGCUCCUGUCAAUUUGUUGGGGACGUUUGCUAUGAAGAGCCUUACGAGUGGGCUUCAGUUAUAACUCCAGCACCGGGAGGAGUGGAAUCCAUGACCACCGCCAUGCUUCUAUCAAACACGCUUCUGAUAGCUAAGAGGGCUCUUAAGUUUGAAUGA